ACUAUCAUCGUUUGUUGUAUUUUUAGGUUAAGCCUACUUACUUGGCCUAGUUUCACCGUUAAUAACAAUUUUAAAUAUAAAUUAAAGCAUAUCGUCCACUUUGAUGAGUUUCAAGUGCUAAUCAGAUCAACUGAUUUUUAAAUGGCAUCGUUUUCUAGACUGAAUAAAAUUGCUUUGUUAGGCUUAGGCGCUGUAGGUGGUACCUUAGCUUAUUAUCAAAUCGGUAAAUCUGAGAAAAAAUUCCACGUUCAAAAUUCAUGGACGACGAAUUUCACGCCAAGUGUGAAAUGGGAAAAAAAUUGGGACCAUCGCGAACCUGAAUCAAUAGUCAAACCAGUCCAAUCAAAUAAGCCAGAAGAUGAAAACCGAUACAAUGAGCAGAUUGAAAAGUCUAAAAGCAAAGCUGUGAGGCAUUUGUUUUUAAUACGUCACGGACAGUAUAACAUAGAUGGAGCAACUGACAAGGAGAGAAUCUUAACAGAAUUGGGCAGACAACAAGCAGAUCUAACUGGUAAACGGCUAGCCGAUUUAGAUAUAAAAUGGGAUCUACUGGUUCGAUCAACAAUGACCAGAGCUCAAGAGACAGCUACCAUUAUAGCAAAACAUCUACCCAAAGAUCUAGAAGUUAAAGACUGCCAACUGAUCGAGGAAGGUGCUCCCAUUCCACCAGAGCCCCCUGUGGGGCACUGGAGACCAGAACCCAAACAGUUCUUCCAGGACGGCGCGCGCAUCGAGGCGGCGUUCCGGCGCUACUUCCACCGCGCGCCGCCCGAGCAGCCGCGGGACUCCUACACGCUGCUCGUGUGCCACGCCAACGUCAUCCGCUUCUUCGUCUGCAAGGCGCUGCAGUUCCCGCCGGAGGGCUGGCUGCGGAUAUCGCUGAACCACGGCUCCAUAACGUGGCUGUCCAUCCUGCCCAACGGCAACGUGGUGCUGCGCGCCCUCAGCGACACGGGACACAUGCAGCCGCACUGCAUCACCAGCCGGAAUACCAACGGCCAAAGAAAUGAAAAUGUCAAAGAGAGCUGUCGAUAAUGGAAGACUUUAUAAAUCAAAAAUCAUAAACAAAAGUAGACUGAUUUCGUUUGUAAGAGCAAUUGGAUUACGGUAAUUUUGUUUUCAAUUACGUAUUGCGAGACUUCGAAUUUGAUCGAUGACGUAACUGAAUAUUAAAUACGUAUUUUUUAAAUUUAACUAUGAUUUAAUUUUAACUUAUUUUGUCUAUGGUCCAAUUCGAAAAGUUUUUGUGCAUCUUUCAGACAAGUUUAAUUCUUCUCAAAUUACUUAAAUAUAAUAAAUACUACAAAAAGUACGCCACACUUUAGAAUAUCGCUAAGAAUUUAAUGAUAAUUAAAAAAUUGAGUAACAUUUCUUUUUUCAAAUAUCACUAUUAAAAAAAGAAACAUUUAAAA